CCAAAAAAUAAAAAAUAAAAAAAAGAAGAAAACAGGAAUAUAAUAAUAUCUCGUCAAUGGCGUAGUAUCGUGGAAGCUCGAAGAUUGAUUCAUUGGAGGUAGAAAGAGAGGAUCUUUUCUAGUUGGAAAAGCGAUGUCGUUUUAAACAUAUAAACAAAGCUCCGAAAUUUAUAGGAUUGAAAGUCGGUUUUUUCUUCCUUUUUGUUUUUGACUGCGAAAAGGAAUCGAAAAUGAGAAACGAAGCGAGCAGCAGCAAUAGCAGAGAAGAGAGCGUCGUCGUCGAUUGCGGCCGCCGUCGAAGCUCCUGCGGUUAUUGCAAAUCCUCCGGUCGAACCAGUGUCUCUCACGGUUUAUGGGCGCAUAGUAUUACAGUUAAUGAUUAUCAAGAUCUUCUUGACUGUGGUUGGAGGAGAUCCGGAUGUUUCCUCUACAAACCUGAGAUGGAAAGGACAUGCUGCCCAUCUUAUACUAUUCGUUUGAAGGCAAGUGAUUUUGGUCCUUCUAAAGAGCAACUUCGAGUAUAUGGACGAAUGCAGAGGUUUUUAGAUGGCACGCUUGAGGUGAGAAAACCAAGUGAACUUGCAGAAAAUCCAAAUACUUCUACGCAUAGAGGCAGCUCUGUCUGUCAUGCUGUUUCAAGCUCAGCAGCGAAUGAAUCUUUUGCUUGUGUCAAGAAAGAGGAAAAUAAGGCAGAAGAGUUCAUGCAUCAUUUAUCUGACCUAAUAGACAAAGUGGUGCAUACAUAUGUUGGAAGUGGGGAAUUUCCUUUUGGAAUUCAAUUGCCAAAAGCUGCAGUCAAAAAGGUUUCGCAUGCCAAAAGAAAGUUAUCAGUUGAAGGGACAGAAUAUCUUUUAUACUCCAGCAACAUUGCCUUCCAAAUAGCAGCUACUUUAAGGCGGACAUGUUCAGCUGAGAAGGACAUGCAACGAUUACGAUUGUCAGGACAUAGUGCAGAAGAAAAUGGUCUAUGCCCCAAAUCUGUUGCAGAAAAGUUGGCAUGUUCUUUGAAUCAGCUAGCAAACAUUUCCAGCCUGUCCAUUAGAGCUUGCAAUGGACAUGUUAAUUUUUAUUCUGCUGCAAAAAAUGUAUCUUCGGGUGGAGAUGUUCAAAUUGUUGCUCAGCCUGAAGAAUCUGGGAGUGGAAGUAAAAGCUCUUGUAAAAAGAAGAGCUCUGAACAUCCUCCAGGAAAAAAGAGGAAGCUUGAGAUCCGUUUGAAAAAGUCCAGUUUUGAUCCAGAAGAGUAUGCAUUGUAUAGACGAUAUCAGAUUAAAGUGCAUAAUGAUACACCAGAUCGUGUCACAGAAAGCUCAUACAGGAGGUUUCUUGUCGACACUCCCUUAUUAUUCGUUUCACCUUCAGCUGAUGGCAUGGUUCCCCCAUGUGGCUUUGGCUCUUUCCAUCAGCAAUACAUCAUUGAUGGCAAGCUAGUUGCAGUUGGUGUGAUAGACAUCCUUCCUGGAUGCUUGUCAAGUAAGUAUUUAUUCUGGGAUCCUGAUUAUGCGUUUUUAUCACUGGGCAAGUAUUCAGCUCUGCAAGAAAUUGGUUGGGUGAAAGAGAAUCAAGCCUAUAGUGCUGGUCUUCAGUAUUAUUACAUGGGCUAUUACAUACACUCCUGCAGCAAGAUGAGAUACAAAGCAGCGUAUUACCCAUCUGAGCUUCUUUGUCCUCUUCGUUACCGGUGGGUUCCAUUUCAUAUAGCGAGGCCGUUGCUUGAUAAAAAGAAAUAUGUUAUCUUAUCUGAUUUUGCCAGUUUACAAGAUGGAGAGUCCACCCAAUCCUGUAUUCCUGAAAGUGUCAUGGAAUUGCAGCGUGAUGACAUUGGACUAGAAGACUCGAAUGAUGUUCCUAUUGAUGAUGAUGAAGAGAUGAUUGACAUUGAAUCUGAGAGCUCUGAUGAUGAAUUGGACCCAGAACCAAGUGGCUUGGGGUCUACUGCAAUAGAAGAUGGCAAUUUGACUAAUGUUUUAGUUGGACUGAGGGGAUCUCGACUAAGAUACAAGGAUCUACAACAAGCAUUUGGUCCCACUGAAAGGAAUUACUUAGAAAUGCAAUUGCACAACUACCAGAGAGUGGUGGGCUUAGAGCUGUCUGAGCGAAUGGUUUAUUCACUAGGCUAAACUUAUUUGACUUAGGAACCUGGUCUUGAAUCAAUUUUACAUUUAAGUCUUCCAAGCUUUCUGGUUGCUGAAGGAGAGCUGUUCCAAAGUUCGUUUCUUGGAUCAGGGUUCACUUCCAUUUUAAUUCAUCCAGUUAAGAAGCAGAAAAUUCCUAAUCCGGGUUCCUCUAUGCAGCUUGCUUGCAUGUGAACUUAUUCUCUUGGUUUGCCAAUUGAAAUUGCGGUAGGUUUCUUCGAAUUGAGGAAUUCGAAUAUGCUGCUUUCUACUUGUAGUGACAAUAUAUGGCAUUAAAUAAAAUUUGCUUUGACUCUUUAAGCAAAAGAGGGCUUUUC